GCGUCCCGUUUCCGGUGGGGCGGCGCUUUGAUCCUCCGCAGCGCGUGCUGCCGCGGUUCAGCUCGAGGACGCGUCGAUUUGGGGAUUCGAUCAGGCGCGUGAUCGAUACGCGCUCGAUUAGACGAUGGCGAGCGGAGGAGGCGGUGAAACGCGCAUGCGCGGUGGAGCAGCAUCCACACACUGCUGCUGCGUCUGAGCGAGGAGAGCAAGGCUCGUGACACGCAUCUUCUGCGCGUGAAGGAGACGGAGAUGAGGCUCGCGGCGGUGCGGUGAGACAUCAAAGGAUCAAAGGCCACAGUGUUUAGUCGUACUUUCCACAGCCCCCAGCGUAAUGCUACAGCAGAACAACAACAACAACUACCUGUGCCUGGACAUGGCCCACAGGGAGCUGCUGCAGGGCUGCUCCAGAACCAGCGCCCCACUCAGUUUCGGAGCCAUCGGGUUCGGCGCUAUCCCCCUGAUCAAAGGCCUGAGGGCAUGGGCCGUAAGCGGGGGCUUUACUGCCAGGAGCAGGAGGAAAUCUGCUGGAGAAAACCACAGCCAUCCGCAGCCAGACAGGCACAGAGGAUGGAAAACGAAGGAAAACCUAGCUUCGUUUCGCACUCCUGGUGCCCUGGUGACUGUGGCUACUCUGAAGGGUUCAGAGGGUGCCCGGCAGACCCAGACCCGGUGCCUCUUCCUCAAAGCAGAGGGUUGCAGUUACCUCUGCACUGUGGGAAACAACAGAGCAGCUGGACCUAGAGCUGCAGGACAACGGAUGCACCCAAAAUUAGUGGAAGGAGCAAGCCGAGGACGAAGAGUCAGUCAGGAUGACGCUGGAGUUUGCGAGGUUAAACCACAGGUCAUUCGAAAGUGGAGAAAAUCAAGCAAAGUGGGUAAAUCCACAGAGAAAAGCUCAGCGUCUGAGAGGAAAGGAGGUGUUGGGGCUAAAACAGAGUCCUUUACUUCAGAGACUGAUGCACCAAGAGAAAUUACAAGUGCCACAUCAGACUGUGCCAUAACACAAUGCCUAAAGGCAAAACACAAGCAUGCAUCGAGCACUAAACAGUCAGGAACUGUAAAUGGGGACACUGGAGUGAAUGAUCCUGACGAGAUGGCGCCUGAACCAGAGGCCACUGCUGAAACUAGUUCUGGUAUUUCUGGCAAUUCUGAGGUUUAUGUAGAGCAGGCAAUGCCCAGACCUCAUAAGGACAGCCUAGAUGUGGCCACAACUAGCAGUAAACAUAAGGGUCACCUUGUAGAAGAACCUACAAUGAACCUGAACCACAAUGCAAAAUCCAAGGGCGUACAUUUUGCCAGUGCUGUGCCAAAAUCCAAUGAUUUCAGUCCAGAAUCUGAGGAUCUUAUGCAAGUCAGCAAUUGCAGAAAUGGAGUUGCAGAGGUUGAACAGAACAUUAGCCAAAGCUAUGAAGAGUCUUGCCUCAAUAAUGCAUCCACAAAUCCAACAGAUGGUCCUCAGUCGAUCAGUGCUGAAGAAAACCAGGAGUUUAAGGCCACAGCGGAUGAAGAUUUGCCCAAAGACAGCAAUGAACUCCUUGAGGUGGUCAUUAAUUCUGAAGAAAUGAUAAAUGAAAAAGGUGAAGAUGAAGGGUUGGUCAUGGUUAACACCAACUUGGCUAAGAAUCCAAACCAGGCUACAAGUCAUGGCCAUGACCUUGGCAGUAUACUGACUGGAUCCAAGGUCACAGUGGAAAACAGCUUAAUUCAAAACGAAAAUGACCAGUCCAGUUCUAAUGAUAUGAUAGAAGAUGAUAAAGGGAAAGCCUUGGAUGUGGCUGGCAUCAAGAGGCCAGUGGAGAAUUGUGAAAGAAGACCCAAGGCCAGGAUGGACUCAGACUUAGCUGAAGGUAAGAAUGGCCAAUUUCAGGUGUCCAAAGCCAGGAUGGACCAAGACUUAGGUGAAGGUCAUCACAGCCAAUCUGAGGUGCCCAAGGCCAAGAUGGACCAUGAGUUAAUUGAAGGUGAAAAGGACCAAGCUGAGAUGGUCUUGUAUUCUCGUCAAAUGGAAAAGGAAGACAGUCCAGUGGAGAAUUCUGCUGGAGAACUGGAAAACAACCAGGCUGAGGUGGUCAUUUGUUCUAAGGAAAUGGAAAAAGAUGAAGAUGAAGUCUUGGACGUGCUGGAGACCAAGAGUCCAAUAAAGGACUGUGAUCAGGGUUUUGACGCUGUCCAAUCUCUUCAAAUACAAAAAUCUAAAGAUGAAUUAUUGGAUGAGGUCACCCCCAAGGGUCCAGUAGAGGCUCAUUGUCAGGGUCAUGAUCCCACAGAGAUGCUUGAAAAUCAAAAUGAGAAUGGACAGCCUGAGAUUACUUUAUAUUCUCUUCAAAUGGAGAAAGAUGAAGCCUUGGAGAGUGCCAACAUCAGAAGUCCUCAGGAGAACCCUGGUCAGGGUCAAGUAGGACCACUGGAGGAAUGCUCUCCUCCUCAUCGAGUGCAGGAAGUAAACAGUGGUUUUGAGGAGCAGUGGUUUGCUAAAUCUCCAUCACGAGGUCCCUCCAAAGCCUCUGUUGCAGUUUCCAUCGCCUGCCUGCCUAAUCCAGCCUUCACGAGCAACUCCAACUCCACCACAGCCAUAGCAACAGCCCCCCCAGUCCUAGGCAGGCAGGAAGAGGUGGGGGCUGGCUUUACGAGCUUAGGGCCUCAGGCUGGUUCACAGCUCCUCUCAGAGCAGGAGAGAGGUCAGGACUGGAGCAAAGUGGCCACGGAAGAAAGGCGUGUGGAGGUGGGCGAGGAAGAGGAGGAUGAGUUUGGGGUCUUCAUGCAGGCCGGGGAGGAGCAGGUAUGGACGGCAGAGUUUAACAGGCUCCAACAAGUGCCUUCUGGGACACAUGCAGGCAUUGAACAUAAAACACACAUCGCUGAUGCAAACGAGCCCAUGUCCUGGACGUCUGACUGGACCGGAGUCCAGUCGUUUCACCAGUCAGACGACACAUGGGCUGCCUUUAAACAAGAGGAUGAAAGCAAGGGGGCGGAGUCAGAGGUAUCAUCAGAUGGCCAAUGGUGGAGCUCGACUGCAGCGAAGAACACACAACUCUCAUUCUCAUCUCUACAUAACGUGUCUAAUGUGUUUUUAGCGGCGUUCCCCUCUGUGGACUCCUCCAGUGAAGAUGUUGACUAUGUUCCAACACUGAAGGAGCUUCUGCAGAGACCUGCUGAAAACAACAGAGCUGCAAGAUCCCAGAACCAGAGCUUGUUGGACGGCCUUCAAGACCUGGACCGGAUGAUUGAUGUGAAAUAUAAGCGGGCGGAGUCUUUGAGCCGUAAGCUCCUCCUCCAGUCGCUGCACCUGGGUACAGUCAGCUCUGAGCGCGUGUCCAGCCGCAAGCAGGCCACCGCCAGGUUUUCCCCCAACUUGCCAACGUCCAACCAGCAGCUAGCGGCUAACGUUAAAAGGAGGCUGUCUUACGACAUCAACAGGAACAUCACGGCCUAGCAUCCCAAACUAGCCCAGCUGUGGAUCUAUGCUACCCUUCAAAACUGGAGAACAACAUGAGGAUAUUCGUGUUGACCACUGUAGUUUUUUUCUCAGAAGUCUGUGCAUCUCUCAUUCUGCUCCUUUGGAUGAUUAUUGAUUUGUAGUGUUUUUCACCCAACUGCUGAUCAGCUAUAACACAGGUAUUUAAAGGAGUACUCCAGUAAAUCCACUCAUAUUGAUCUCUUUCUACUGAGAUGUUUUUGGGUAUACGGUUGAUUAACACAGACAGUGUUGUCACUGUGCUUCACUGAGCUUAGAAAAGAACAGAAACCCUGUUGAACCAAAACACAAUUACACUGCCUGACCCAAAAAAAGCUACAAAAUAACUGUAAUAUUUGGUUGGAUCGCCUUUAGCUUUGAUUGCGGCUCGUGUUCACUGUGGCAUUGUUUCAUUAAGCUUCUGCAAUGUCACAAGCAGAGGUGAAAAAGUACUGAAAAACCUUUACUUUGCUAAAAUUCUACCCAAUUAAAAGUAAAUGUACCCAUCAAAAAAUCAACUCGAGUAAAAGUAAAAAAGUACUCAAUUUAAAAUGAACUUUGAGUAAAAGUUACAUAGUUAUUUUUAUUUAUUUGAUGUAAAAAAGUACAAAAGUGGCAUCCAUUUUUUUAUACUGUUAAAGGUUAUGGUCAUAUAGGUGACUAGAAACGGUAUUUUUAUAGUUUUACAGUUCAUUAUUAUUUUUAACUUGCCGUUGCUAUGCUUUAACUUCUAUUUACAUGUUUUUUUUUUACAUCCAAGCAGAUUGUUUAAUGUUCCCAAUAAAAACUUAAGGAAUUAUUAUGAAAAACAUGAAAACUUAAAAAAAAGAACUUGUUGGUGAGCGCAUGCGCAGUGCCGUAAAGAAGCACAUAUCGAUGGGUAGCAUAACUCGACAGAAAGCCGGUUCCCCCGAGCCGUGCGCACAGACCCCAGGCUACACAGCGGAUUUACACAGCGUCUCUCCCGCUAACCGUAAUAAUAAAAACUGCAUGGAGAAGUUCAGCUGCGCUGCCAUGGAGAACAAAACUCCACUUUUUUUUUUUCCCAGUGUUUCAGUUUUUACUCAGUAACGGGGAGUUUUCCAGAGUAGCGAAGUAACUUACUUGUGUCACAAUGAGCUGGAGUGAAAGUAAAAUUACCUAAUUUAAAAAUUACUUUAAAAAUUACAAAUUGCUCAUAAAAUCUACUCAAUUACAGUAACGCGAGUAAAUGUAAUUAGUUACUUUCCAACUCUGGUCACAAGAUUUAUUUCAACCCAGUGUUGCAUUAAUAAUUUUUCAUUUUUUUCAUGGGUUGAUGUUCUAUUGUAGGAGGGACAACUGGGCUGACAUGUUCAUUUCAGCAGUUUUGAGUGGUAGUAGUUCAAAGCAUGCCACCAGCUUAUGGCUAUGUCCGAAGAGAAAGACGAGAGCGGAGAGAAUUCAUAGAUCUUUUGGCUGAAGUUCGGGCUUCGGCUUUGGCUUUUGCUUGUUGUAGGAUGCCUAACAGAGUUAAAGGGAAGAGACAGGGCUGUGGAGGCUUGCAAAAACUUGUUCUGACACGUAAAAGCAGUCCAAGGGAUUUUUUGGUGGUUUAAUUGGAAAGGGGAGGUGCUUCAGGCAAGUUCCUCCUCUAAAAAACGUAACCACACUUUUAAAAAUAUCCAGAUUUGAAUGGACGGGGUCUCAGACCUGAAACUUUAUUGUGUGGAAAAAGGAUUACUGUCUUAAUUGUAUUAUUUGUAAUAUUAUUUGUCUAUUUAUGAAAGUAGUAUUUGUAAAGAGACAAAUCCAACAUACAUACACAUUUUUAUUACGUUUAUAACGUUUUUAUUCCUACUCCAGCACACAUACAUUGCCUGCCCCCUGUCUUCUAUUAUAAAUAUACUUUUAAUAGCAGGUUUUCUGUUCUUUUUUAAGCAUAGUUAAACCAGUUAGAAUUAUUCUUUUUGAUAAAACACUGUCCAACACAGAUACAACAAUCUGAGAUUAGGUGGAAACAAAGUGGAGUACUCCUUUAAAAUUAAACAAAAAAAAUCACACAACAUCAAAGUUUAAAAUUAUUGUUUUUUUUUUAUUGAUUAAAAAGUAUUGCACAGUCAGUCCCUGUGCCAAAACUAUACAACCGGGCUUGAAAAAACUGUGCAGAAAAAAAGCAUCGCUGAUUUAAACGCUGCGAUGUGGAUUUAGGAUUUUAUUUAUUAUAUAUUUAUGUUCCCUUGAGAUGAAUGGGUGUGAAAAAUGCAAUAUUGUCCAUAAAUCCAUAACUGUUACACCUCACAUAAAUCCCUUUACAUUUGACCUUUUACAAUCAGUGUUUGUUGUCCAGUGCGUGACGGCUUGCGUCUAAGAAAGAAGCCCUGGUGAAAUGAGUUGUAAAAACGUGGCCAUUAUUUCGGAAACCAUGUGCACUUGAAUUUAAAAUGGUUUCCGAUAAAAUGGCCAUUAGCAGUCACUUCAAGCGAAAGCCUCUAUUUUUCCCAUGUCCCUGUUUCACGUGCUUUCAAUCCUGAAUAUUUAAACUGUAGUGUGGCAUUUUUACCAAAUGUGAAAUCCUGAAGAAUAAAAAUAAAUCGUAUUUUCUCAGUUUUAACAUCAGUGUUCACUCCUGUCAACAUGUUCGAUUGGUAUAAUAAAAAGAAGAACCCAUGUGUUUGAGUUUCUUGU